AUGGAGGACAAACUUCGGCUCAAAGAGGCCGACAAUAUCAAACGCCUGGCCUUCUUGGCCAUCAGCGUCUCCACCGUCGCUACUCUCACUGCCAUUGUUGCAGUCCCCGCCAUCUACACCUACCUUCAACAUGUCCAAUCGAAUCUCCAACUCGAAAUCGACUUCUGCCGCCAUCGCACCAACGGUCUGUACGCCGAGUACCAAAGGAUCCCGGCCGCUCCAAGACUGAAGAGGGAGGUGUUCAGAAAGAGCUCGGGAUCCACUGGACACGCCAAGGCCAGAGCCGCAGAUACCUACGGAGAAUCCGCUGUUUCUCAGCCGAAGGAACAGAGCGGUUACGAAACGCCCGCUCCAACCGAUGCCCCAGUGAAGAGUGCUCCAGCUGCCGCGGAAAACAACGGGCAAUGCGGUUGUUCUUGCGGUGUCGGACCCGCUGGACCUCCUGGAGCUCCAGGAAGUGAUGGACAGCCUGGUAAGAAAGCUAAUCUUCAACUGUGUUUAGAUUUGGGUUUUGUAAUGCUUAUGUAAUAAUUGAUUCCAGGAGGCGACGGAAACCCAGGAAGCGACGGCCAUCCCGGCGCAGAUGCCCGACCAAAUGACGCUCCCAAGCCAGAAGACUACUGCUUUGACUGCCCAGAAGCCCCAGCUGGCCCUGUCGGACCUCCCGGCCCACAAGGACCCUCUGGAAUUCCCGGAAAUGCCGGAGAACCAGGACAACCCGCCCCUGCAGCCGGCCAAGGACCCCCAGGACCUGCGGGACCACCAGGAGCUCCAGGAGCCCCCGGACAACCAGGACCAAAAGGACCGCCCGGAAUCGUCAACAACGUUGAAGGACCACCAGGCCCAGCUGGACCAGCCGGCCCACCCGGACCCAAAGGAAUCCCUGGACAACCCGGAGGGCCAGGAAAGGACGGCGAGGCCGGCCCAGCCGGACCUCCAGGCGACAAAGGAGUCGAAGGACAAGCCGGAGCUCCCGGUGCCCCAGGAAAUGCUGGCCCCGAUGGUAAGGCUGGCCCUCAAGGCGGCUGCGAUCACUGCCCACCUCCACGUACUGCCCCCGGCUAUUAG